AUGGAGCGCUCUGUUAGUUCAGAGGCAGUCGGUGAGAGCGAGAUUAGCCGCGGAAAGGAACGCGCGGCCUUGGGCUUCCAGCUCCAGUGGGCAAAGCGGAACGGCGUCCAGGCGCGGCCUCACGUGGCCGGCAACGAGGAUUCCAGCCUCCAGGCUCCAGGCGACGCCGCCUACACGGCUCUGCCGCUAUUGUUGCGCGGGCGACGGCCGCUGGGCGGGGUGCAUCCGCCGCCGCUCAGCCUGCUCUACUCGGAGGUGGGCGCUUCUGCCAAGGGAAGCAGCCCCCCUGUGGCCACGGCAGUCACUGCCAGACGUACCCUUGCACUCACUGUUCCCUGGUUCCCGCUCUUGGCACUCUGUCUCUCCUACUCCUCGGCCACGCCUGCCCAUCUAACCCCUGGGCCUGCUGGUCGCGCCGCAGCGGCCGACGUGGUGCUGGCCGCGGCGACGUUCGUCCGCGAGGGCACCACCACGGAGUUCGCAACGGGCCGCGUGGGCCGCGGCAGGGCGCAGGUCGUGGCCACGACCAGCUCGCGGGUGUCCUUCGACCGGCCCACCAAGCCACUGAUGCUCGUCUUCCCCACGACGGUGCUGCCCCCGCCCCCGCAACUGCAGCUGGCCUCCAAGGCGCCGCCUUCGCUGGUGGCAGCCACACCCAUCCUGGGGCCCUACGAGCCGCCUCCAGACCCUCGCCGGGUCUCCACUGUCGGCGUCCUGGACAGGUACCGCCUCUCCAGUGAGGCCGUCAAAGACCGUGGCGGUGCGGACUUCUUGCUUCUAGACAGCGACGACGACCGCCCGGCGGCCGACUUUGGCGGGGCCCAGCUGUCGGAGAAUCUCAUCAACAGGUCGACGGAGCGCCUGCGGGUGAAGGACGUAGAUGCUGGUGACCCGUUCCGCAAGAGGGACACCGACCGCCACCAGCCUGACGGUCAGCAGCUGGAGGGUCAUCAGCUGGAGGGCCAGCAGAGGGACGAGACCGCCACGACAAUCCGUCCCGACAAGGUCGUCACCGUCCGGCCCAUCAACGACCUGCCGACCUUCACCGUACGGCACGACUUCUCCCCCAGUGGCUUUUCCCAGUCGGGCGACGAGGGCGACGACCUAGGCAGUCCAGAUUACGGCGAUGCUCCUCCUCCCCAGCAGCCCAAGAAGGACUACCUCUCCAGCUUCAGAUCCGGGAAGGCCAUCUUCAGGGGCGGCAGACCCGACCCGCCGCGCCUCAGCAAGCUGCGCGAGACGGUCACCUACACUGGAUUCGCUGACUUCACCACCACCAUUGGUGACACUGUUGUUGUCUUCACGCCCAGCACUGCCAAGAAGCAGCCACCAGCACAGCCGACACGGGCAGUGACCAGUGCUGCAGGCGACGCUACAGUUUUCCAACCGGGCGUCGUCACGAAAGUAAAAACGUUCUUGUCACAUACGCCUGGAAUGGUGACUCGCACUGUUACUGGCCACUCCAUCACGACACACACGACACUGCCCACUAUGGUGGUGCUACCGGAGACGUUUGCCAGCAGGCGUCAGAAAGCGCAGCAUCAAGACCUCGCAUCGUCAGUGUAUGUAGUCGAAGCUGCCCCACCAGAACCGCCAACGACACCACCGCCACCUCCGACCACAAACCCUCCACCUACAGUACCGAAGGAAACUGACCCGCCACCGAGGGAAACGACACCCCCACCGCCAACUCAGGAAACGACACCGGAUGAGGGUGCCAAAUUGGAGGUGCUUUCCCGUGAACAGGACAUAUUUGACUCUCCACCGACCUCCACAUACCUGGAUGAUGAUGUAGGCGUGCAGGUGCCCGUAACGAGUGUCGUGAUCGACUAUGAAGACUAUGACCAGUCGUCUUCUGCUGCACCAGAAGUGAUACAACCAUCUUUGACAGAAGUCCAGGUAGCGACAGUAACGUCAGUUGUUGAUGGGGCCAUCGAACCGUCAUCUGUGCUGGAUGAUGGAACUGACGACUUGAUAGAACCGUCGCCUGUCGUCGUCGAAACACCAGAACUGCAACUGCAUGCAACUGAAGUAAUCACAGAAGCACCAAUACCAGAAAGCAACGAGGAGGAACGGGAAGGAGAACAAGAAGUGCACUCUACAGUAGAAUUAGAGGUGACUUCUACAGCACCACUAACAUCUUAUCGCACGGCGAUGACACAGUUAUUUGAUCACGGUGAUGAGGAAUACCCACUCGGUCUAAUAAAAGCUAUUGCAGGCACUGAGGUCAUCAAUGACACAACCACCCUCUUCACUUCUCUGAUUCACGGCAGCUCCGUCGACGGUCACUAUGCACAAAUUAUCUAUUCGGCCUCGAGUAUAUUUUAUUAUGAAGGAGACACAAAAGUUAUCGUGCCAACGGAGAGUGCAAUAGCGCCGACGUCCACAGUUGACCUGGAGACUACUCACACAGCAGCCUCCCAGCCGCCAUCUUCGGAGGGAUCUCAGGAACAGGAGGGUGAGGAAGAGGUCACCACAUCGCCUGCGACAAUCCCUGCAGAGCAGCCAGGCCUCACUACUGACACAGACGGUGUGACAACUGUCGAAGAUGGCGACGGCACACUCAGUACCCUGCCGCAAGAAUCCACCACUUUGCCAGAGGGAGACUUGUCGAAUGAGGUCGAGACUGGUCGUAAGACAAGUGGCAGUGUUGAGGACCAGAAUAUUGUCGAAGGCAGUGCUGCAAAGGAAACUCCUGGAACUACUGUCGCACAAGUGACCACACCGAAAACAGACGUCGAACCAUCACCGACAGAACCCAGUCCCGCUAAGGAUGCCGGUGUCGGACAAGAGGAAGGAACACCUGCCAGUCAGCUGCAGGAUGGAGUGACACCUACACUGAUUACACAGAUUGUUGCUAGUACAAUCUAUGAGACAUUCACGCAUCUGACUGCCUUCUUCAUUCCUGUCGACGGUGGCACUUCGACAUCGAUCAAAACAAGAGAAGUGGUGACAUCACAGGUGAUACUAGCCACGCAAGUGGUGCCCGUCGCUGUAGCAAAUAUUCAAUCCACAGCCCUUCCAGAAGCUCCUGCUGCCGUCACCAUUCCACCAGAGACAGUACACCAGCAACCGACUCCACCGCCACCUCAGCUCUCGGUAACACCCGAAAUCACAGAUGGAAGCGACAAAGAGCAGGAAACCCAUGCUGCGACUGAACCGUCAACUGCUGCAACGCCAGAAAAUCCGCCAGCCGUUGUCCUACAACCGACCACUGUCGCUUCCCCGCCGGCAGGCGAAGACGAAGGAGAGGAGGAGGGUGAACUGGAGCUGCUUGUCAAGUCUGUGUUUACUACCUACACAUACCUAACGACCUAUUUCCAGGAUAGCACGACCACCGUUGCGAGCAACAUUGAAGUGGUGACUAAUGUCGUCACGGAAACGGUGGACAAGGACUACUUCCGCCGUGUGACAGAUCCUGCUGUUGCUGGGCUUUUAGCACGUACCGAUAACAUUGUAGAGCCGACGCCAGAGGUGGCGCCCACCAGCGUCGGCAUCGGACGUCCGACCACCAAGUUCUUCCCAGAUGAGGAACUCUUCUCAGCUGUUGUGGACUCGGUAGACAUCGAGCGCGAGAUGGCCACGGAAGCGACGCCUGCCCUGGACCAGGAUGUCAUUAAGACCUUCUACACGACGUACACAUACUUCACCACCAUCUUCGUAGAUGGUGAAACGACAGUGAGCAGCCGCACAGAGGUCUACACCAACAUCGUAACACCGACAGCACUGUUGGAAGCAACACCAACUCUAAGUGCUGCCCAAGACAUUCGCCCAACCAGUCAGCUGUCGCAGGUGGAGGAAGACGACUUGGAUAAUCCUCUGAAGAACCAGCCACUUCUAAAGAACGCUCCCCGUCGUCAGUACCUCUACAGCAGCACCAUAACGCGUGAGCACAGCCAGCCGCGGUCGUCGCUGAAUGAAGUUGACAGUGAGGGCACCACGGCUACACUGGCAAAUGACUUCUUCGAUGACAUUGAGAACAGCAUUAUAGUGCCUGCCAAGAGCAAGCUGGGAGUUGCUGUUGGAACUAAGAACGUGUAUGCCACCAUCACAAGACCACCUGCAAUACUGGCCACCUCAGAGCCGGAGCUCACAUCAUCCGUGGUGGAGACAAUGAUCAGCAGCUCCAGUGGAGAGCGCACAAUCAUUGCUCCUCCAGAACGCCACAAUGCUUUGCCUUUCCUGCCAGCACUUGACGACCAGGUCAGUUCAGAGAGCAAUACCGAAUCUUUAGAGCCAUCUCCAACGCUGCUCCUCCAGACUAGCUAUACAACAUAUACCUACUUCACAACCAUAUACAAGGGAACUUCCACGGAUGUGAAGAGCCGUUUGGAGACGGUCACAAAUGUCGUCACUGAGACUCUGACGCCGCAAAGGACUGCUCUGCUCACUGACGACCUUGUCCCCACUGAGGACGAUCCUUCCUUGCCUACGACCUACUUCACCACAUUCACCUAUUGGACGACGCUUUUCAAAGAUGGCACAUCCACGGUGACCAGUCGCGAGGAGACUGUAUCUGAGGUGGUAACGCCAACAGUGUCGUCCUCUACAGAGACCAAAGCUGAGAUCGUCCCCACUACUACACCAAAGGACAUCGAUCCUUUAGCUACACCAGUUGUCGCUGUCAUUAAUCCCAGUGAGGUCAUCUAUGAGCCUACUACCUACUUCACCACUUUCACGUUCCUGACGACAUCGUAUAUUGGCAACAGCACUAUUGUCAACAGCAGGCUACAGACUGUAACAGAGGUUGUGAACGGUACGGUAGCUGCAGAUGAAGCAGCAGCUGUAUUGGCGGGGAGGGCUGUGGCGACGUCGGCCAAAGUACAAGAACUGGGGGAAGGUGUGCCGACAGUCAAACCAGUGGCAUCUGUGUCACUUGUGGACACUACUCCGACACCAGCAGCAAAGGAAGCUACAUCAGCCCCAACAAAAGUGGAGCUGCCAACGGGAUUCCUUUCCACUGUUGUCAGUAGCAUAGUUGAUGAGGCCGGAACCACCACACUCUUCUCGACUGAUGUCUCCGGAACCUACAUUGAUGGCCUGUAUGCCCAGAUACUAGAGAGGAAAACCCGUAUCAUACCCCCUGCUCCAGUUUCAGUACCAGUGGAGCCUACUCCGACACCAAAACUCCCAGUGGGGGUGGUUUCCCUAAACAAGGGCCGAAUUGUCGAUGCUGAUGGCGUCAGCACUACGUUCUUCACCACAGAAGCCAUUGGCACGUACAUCAAUGGGCAGUACUCACAGAUAGUGGAGAGCACAUCCUCCAUAAAGGUGAAUGAAGAACGUCAAAGUGCUCUACAUCUGGCUCUAGCACCUUCUCCAACAGUGGAGAUUGCUGGCAAGACAUACAGGACAGGGCUGGUGCGACUGAUUGAUGGCACAAUGGCCAAAGAUGGUACGACAACAUUCUAUGAGUCCAAAGUCUCAGGUACAUUGGUGGGUGGAAGGUAUGCACAAGUAAUUGAAAGCACAUCGUCUUUCAAAGUGGAUGUUCCAAGCACAACAGCACCACCUGUAGCUGUAGUUGCUCCGACAGCAGUGAGCGGCGUCCCUGUGGUGGCUCCAACCGCAGCAGUUGUGACAACUACAGCGCCAACACCAGCUGUGGUCGAGAGCUCUCUGGGCAGUGAUGAAACGUCAACGUCGACGACACCACAGACGUCUUCAGAGCAGCAGGAUGACGAUAGCAGUGAGAAUGAGUCAGACAACGAUGGCGCCAAGUUCUUGCUUGGUAAAGGGUCAGGUUCAGGCCGCAACAGGACACGCCUAACAUACCAGUCUAAGAAGAAUACUUUCACACCAUCAAUUCGCCCUUUUGGCACGCAAGGGGCUACGCGACCACCAUAUAGGCCUCAGAACAAGCGACCAGCCACAGUGACACGGACUGUUGUAACUCCAACCAUCACAGCAACGCCUGCAGCCGUGGGUAAGGCUGCCGCCACUGGAAGGUUCUCUGGAAGCCGAAGAGGAGGCUUAGCAUCCUCGUCAGCCGCUAACGAGAUUCGCCCAUCUGCCAGCAGUGGACGCCGUUUCUCUAGACCAAGAGGCUCAUCUCCUGUGCCUGGAGGGCAAUCUUCUGCGUUCCCCACUGGAGGCAGAGGACGGAGCUCUACACGAGCUGGGGCCAUUAGCCCAACAGCAGUUGGAGGCCCUCAAGGAUCCAGUCGCAGAGGAUUGUACUUCAGAGGCUCAAGUGCUGCACCUGGACGCUCAUCUUCAGCUGGAUACUUUGGAAGCUCCUCGAGGUACAGGGGCCGCGUCAAUCCGACCUCGACAAUCUCUCGCGGUGGUGCGACAGCCAACUAUUUCCCAGCGACGACACCUACCGACGAGACUCUAGAGACUGACGACUUUAUCACCACACUCGUCACUGAGGAGACACCACAGUUUACAGACAACGAUGGCCAGUACGAGACACAACCACUUCCUUCAACGACAGAGUCUGCGCGCCGGAACCCGCUACUGAAUCGCCUGAGGCGCCCUCCACUGGUGAGGGCGAGCACCACCACAACACCCAGAUCGCAGACGUCACUGACAACUCCUUCCAGAGGAAGUUCGACUACACGUAGGACGUCAAAUAGACCAGUAGGCUCCGCAGCAUCCACUACCACCAGUAGGCCGAGGGCACGGUUACCUCUGAGAUACCAGCCAGCUGUCAACAGACCACGCCCAGGAAACAGUUUGUUCCCUCCACGCAGCCUGUUCAAGCGUCCAGGUCAGGAAGAGGAGCCCCAGCAGCAAGAAGAGCAGAACAAUGAGGAUGAGGCGCAAGACGAGCCACAGGAUGAAGAAGACAUCCAAGAGGAGGAUGUAGAGGAUGAAGACGAGCUGAGAGACAAUGAUUAUGAAGGAAGCGAGCAUAAGGAGUCAAAAAAGGCAGCACCACCACGCAGCAAAGGAGUCCCAUACAAACCAGUGCAGAUCAGACCGUUCAGCUUCAGGAGACGUACGAAGCGCCAGGUGGACAAGCCGAGUGGAGCCACACGGACGUAUUCGUCGAGGUUCAGAAGACCUGGUGCCAGGGUGGCACAGCCACAAGCACCACCCGAAGAACCGGCAACUCCGGAGCCACCUCCACCACCACCUCCACCACAGCAAAAGAGCAAAUCGAGCGGCCGGUACUCGGGCCGAGGACGGACACAGAACCAGCAGCAACAGCAACCGACGCCACAGGGGCGGAUCAAGCCUUCGCCGUCAUCUGCCACCUCGGGUAGAGCGCAAUUUACCUUGAGGGAGAAGGACACAAGUAGUGGUACCUCUCGCUAUCGGCGGCCACAGAAUACAGAGACAGCCACCGCGACAAGUGACAGACGGACCAACAAGAGUGGCAGGAGGAGAGGAGGCAACAGCAGGAGUGACGAGACGACUUCGUCCGUCCCUUCGAGGCCGAAACCGCCGAGGCUGCGCACCACCAGCAACUCCAACAGCAAACAGACAGACACUAGCUUCUCGUCUCAACGUGCCACCCGCCGGAACAACGGCAACACGAACACGAGCCCGAGGCGCAACAGUGGCAGCAGUAGGACGCGAUUCAGCAAGGAGCCCGAGCUGGACAAGUUCACAUUCUCACUGCCGACCUUCGAUGGCACCAUCACAGUCACUCAUCACAUACCAGAGGAAGCCACCAUACCUGUGAUUAACGGUAAGAAUACUGAAUACCGAAAUGUGCUGACAGCACGACACAGCACUGAGGUGCUAUCGCCGAACCAGUAUGUCACGUCCACAGUCAAAGACGGUGGCACAAUCUUGUUCUUGACGAGUGAAGUAACGGCAGCAGUGGCCGGAGGAGCUACAGAGAUAACACAGUUCUACUUGCGCGAGACGCCAACGACGAGCGUGAUAUUUACGCCCACCACAAUCCGUGGCCGCCUCACGUCUUACUCGCACAUCAUUCCGAGCACAGUGUACGACGUCGAGUCGACUGUAAGCACCAUACAGCCUGCCAUAGCCGCCAAUGCACCGUUGGCCAACUUGUUACUCUCACAACUUCUGCUCGGUAAUCUCGGAGGUGGUCUUCCGGGAGGCCUCAACCCUCUUCUGGCCCUGCAGAACCAACCACCGGCACCUCCACCCACUCCUACAACCGAAUUUAAGACGCGCACCAGCACGUACGUCACCACUCUCACCACUGGAAAAUCGACAGUCCUGCCAAUAACUCUGCGAGGCAAGAAAAUUUACACGACUAUUGUGGACCAGUCAGAAGAAGUCAUCACAGCCACUGAAUUCUUUACUGACACAGUGGUGGUGACACCGACCCCCACUGCUGUCAACAACCAACUGAACUCACUCCUCCUCCCAGCAUUGCUGCAGGCUCAACUCUUAGGGCCUACAGGACCCAUGCAGAGUCCUCCUCAGCCAAACAUACUGGCGUCUCUGGGACAACCAGACUUCUUGCCCACUGGGAAAGGACUCCUCUUCCAAGAGCCAGACAAUGCUGAAGUGCCACUCGAGCAGGUGCAGCCUUCCGAGCAAAGAGGUAGGAAUUCGAGGCGCCGACAACAGCAGCAGCAGCGACCUGACGACGCUGAUCGUCUAGCGCGAGAAUCAGAGGCAGACGAGACAGUGCCAGAUGAUGAUGAUGUCCAACAGCAGGGGUCCCAGGGCCGCGACGACGAGGUAGUCCGCACGUGGAAACCUCCAAGGAAGAAAACGCGGAACGGAAACAAUAACAGACCUCCAGACCCAGCGCCUCCAGUGGAGACGAGCGUUGUAACACUGUACGUCUCUGGACGAAGACCAGGCGAGUUUAGCACAGUGGUAUCUACAGUAACUGGAGACAGCAGCAUCAGGAAGCGUGAGAUACGCUUUGUACCAAAGUUGGAGCCAUCGAGGCUGCCACAAAUUGGCAGCUCUUUUGGUAAUGACGACGAAGAGCAAGAUGUCCCAACACACAAGCUAAACUAUUUGGACAACUAUGUCAUGUCGGCGAUGGGAGAUGUUGGUGUACUGGAAAGCAGCGAGGUGGAGACUCAGAGCUUAGAGAGCAUAGUAGGUGACGUUAGCAAAUACGUUUCUAGUGGGCUUACCACAACGAUAUCGAGGAGAUCUGGACACACUACGAGACCUCUAAUGAAUACUAGGAAAGCAGCAGUUGAGGAGUCGUCUUCCUCUGUGAACAACAACAACGCUACCGGUCAUUUUUUAUCCGAAGGCCCCGCUGAGUCUGCCCCACUCAAGCGGAAGGUCGUAGGUGAUUACAUCAGGGGCAAAGACAACAAUGGUGAUGACGAAAGCGAAAUCAUUUCAGAAACUGAAACUGCCGCAGAUGACACUGUAGUAACGUUUCUACCAUCAGCAUCUCAGUCUGGCCAAAUUCUCUCACGGCACAAGAGGAGUCCGGAUGUGUUUGACGAUGCACAGGACGAGCCGACGACGAGAAGGCCGGGCCACCGAGGUAGGACCAGAGUAGUGCGUCUACGCCGGCCUCUUAACAGACCGUCAGCUAACGACGAUCUCCAGAACGUCACUCGUAAGAGAGGAGAGGUCCUACACCUGUCAGAGGCACAGCAGACUGACCACGUGACUGAGAUGAACCUCGCGACACCAGCCGUCAAGCACAAGCAUAAAUACAUAAACUUAGGUGAUUACGGCUUGCGGACAAUUAAGAUAAUACGGAAACCUUCGAAUGACAGUGGCACGGAACCGCAGAGGAAGCGAGUUAUUGUAGCGAGGAGAAAGAAACCUGGACGCUCAUUUGAAGACGACGACGAUCCUCCAGUGCAGGGGAGACCAGCCGUAGUAAAAGCUCGUUAUGUGGAAGCACUGAGACAUCUGUCUGAAGAUGAUGAUGAGGAGGAGGAGGAGGAGGUCUCUACACCAGUAGCUCCAGUCCUGGAAGCGACCACCAGCCGUGACAUAAAGCCGACUAAAUCGUCAGCCAGACGGAGGAUCAUAGUGACGAAAAAGCGUCCAGUGUCCACACGCCAGAAGACAGACUCUCCAGUUAGCACCACUGCAGCUGAGUUCGAACGCCCAAAAUCUGCAGUCACUGCAGCGGCAGCACCGACACUGAUGUCAAGCAAGAGGAGGAGGAUCAUUGUCACUCGGAGGAGACCAGUGCUUCACAAGGACACUGAGAUCCCAGUCAGGCCGACUAGUAUUGUGAUUUCGACUCAGGGCACCAAAGCUGUCACGUAUUCGACGCUAGCAAGGGAGAAUAAAGUAACGUCUAGCGAAAACGGCGUUUCUACGAGCAGUUACCCAUCAUCAGACAUUGAAGAUGAUGACGAUUCAGAAGAAAGAGAUGAGGAGGAGGAGGAGGAGGACGGCCAGGAUGAAGAAGAGGAGGAGGACUACGACGAAGUGAUUCAGUCAUCCAAGGAGAGGCAACCAUCCAAAGGAGGCAACGGAAGAGACGUAUCUACGACGCCAAAGAGUGUACCUUCACUGAAACCACAGACUGCACAGUUGCCGAGAGAUUCUUUGAAACCAUAUCAGUAUGGCAGAACUACCACUACUGGUGCAAUCAGCACGUUUGGUGAGCCAACCGACAGACCAACGGGCAUAAUCUCUGCAAAACCGCAGGCAGUGUCGCAUAUACGAGAUAUUUUCAAGUUCAGCCAGUAUGGUAGGACCACUACUGAAAACCUCAUUAACAGGGUAAGUGAGUUUACAACAAAUAUUAACAGCAUCACGUCAACAGAAGGUGAAGAGGAACCUCACGUGAAGACGACUCUGAAUUUCAAUGGACGUUUCUUACCGACGCAGAGCACCAAGGGCACUACGGGGGACAGCUCGAAGGAAUUGUUCGGCUCCAGUGACAGGCCUUCCACGGAAAGGUAUUCGACACCAGAAACUUCGUCAGAGGCAGAAGAUCAAGAGUCUGGUCAAAAUAAAUCAGAAGAGUAUGAUGAGGAGGAACAAGAAGAUGUAUCGAAAGAAAAUGAAGGUGAUAGAGAGGGAGAAAGUGUACCAGUCAGUCAAGAGGAAGCCAGUUCUGAAGCACCAACCAGCCUAGAGAGUGUGGAAGAAGUGAAAGCACCAUCGAGCUCGGAGGAGAUUGUGACCAAGCCAUCGGCCAGAGGAUCGACUGUCGAGGAAAGGACGACAGCUCAGAGUCGUGACUCCCUCCUCACCACUGAAGAGUCAGUCCACACCAUCAGUUUCGUGGCGACAUCUCCACUCUCAUCUCCAAUCGACGAGUUAGGUCUCACCACACAGGAUAAUGAGAUCGAUACAGGUUCACCCGUCAAGGAUCUAGAUGUCCGUGCCCAUCAGGUUGAGUCUAACGGGUUGACUCCCUCUGAUGUUAGGGAGGAAAUUUUGGGAGUUACAUCAACUGCUCCCCAGACCAGCUCCACAGCAGAGGCCUCGUCUGAGAAACCUCCAGAUCUUGUAGAGGCUAGCACAGAAACUUCGAGUCUACGUCCUGCCGAAGGCAGUCAGAAUAUAUCGUCAGAGGAAGAUACAGCUGCAACAACGACGACGACGACGACGACAACCACAACGCCGCUGCCUGACGACGUCCUGGUCAGUCCCGAUGGUGAAAGUGAUGGUAACGGUACCAUCACAACAAUAGAGACGCCAACCACCACGGAGAGCAGUACUUUUGACGGACCGCGCUUCAUACGUCCGACACGUUUCAGCAUCACGCGACGCCCAACUAAGACGCGUCUCGGCUUUCCUGGUCAACGUCGCCGGACUUCGACCACUGCUAAAGGUGUGGCGCCAACCGCAACCAAGAGCAGGCCCCUGGAGGGAGCCACUGCACGAACGACCAGACCACCUUCCACAGGCUACCGUUACAGAAAGACAUCACCCACCAAGAGUUCUUUCGGCCGAGCUGCAACUACUAGAGCUAGACCAAGGUUUGGCAUCACUUCUGUUGUCCCAACUAGCACUACCGAUCUGGAAUUGGAACCGACUAUCUUGGCGGAAGUACUGCAGGGCUCGAGCGAAGUGUCGGAUGGAGACCGAGCUGUGGUUCCGACUGCAGUGACCGAAGUGGGUCCGACAGUUGUCAGCGGAGACCUGGUACGAGAGACCACGGCAGAUGUGCGACCGGAGAUUUCGUCCCAGUUGGACGGGGUGGUCGUACCUACCGAGGUGCUGCUGCCAGGAGAGGAGAUUGCGAAAGAAACACCGGCAACGGUCAGCGCUACUGGGGCUGACCAGUUGAACAGUGCUGUGCUGGUGACCUAUGACGGAGGGGCGGAGAUCUUGACGAAGCUGGGUGUCGAAGCCUCUGCUACAGUGGACCACGGUGAUGCCCACGUGGUGACCGCUACACCACUACUGCCGGUGCAGCCCAUCACCACCGUGGUGACUAGCACCCGGCUCCGCACGUACACAUUCAUCGUGACGCGGGUCGCCGGUACAGAGCAGGUGGUCACCUCCACCACUGAGGUAAAGCCUCACGUCACCACCGUCACCAUUACACUGCCUCCUGCUGCUGCAACUGCAGCAGCAGCAGAGGAUGACGGCGAGGAAGACGAGGCCGGUCAGCAGGUGGAGCCGACACUCCCUCCGACGGGCGGCGGGGGCGUGUUUGUCACCAAGACGUACCUGACCACGUACACAUACCUGACAACGCUGCUGGGCGAGGGCGGCUCCACCGUCGUGACGAGCAGCGAGCGCGUCGUCAGCAACGUGGCCACCGAGUACGCGCCAGAGCCACCGCUGCCGGGGCUCGAACCAGGCCACGGCAUCACGCUGCAUGGCGUCCAGGAUGCGCCGCUCUCCACGGGCCUGCUCUACACCACAUACAGCUACCACCUGCAGGGAGGCGAGGGCAGCUCCUGGAGCUCAGACCGGACGGUGACCAACACGCUGACUGCCGCCACUGAGGCGUUCGCGCCACAGCCGGCCACCACCAGCACCUACGUCACCACACUCACCCAGCCCACCACGCUACCUGGGGGACAGGUGCUGUCGGCCGGAGACCUGCUGACACGCGUAGUGGUCUCAGAGACGGGCGGACCACCGGGUGUGCCCGCACCGUCACUGCCGACCCAGCCUUCGACGACGGACGUGGUGAAGACGUACCUGGCCACAUAUUUGUACGUGCGAACUGUGGCCGACGAGCGCGGCAGCCCCUCGUUGACGACACAGGUCGUCACCUCCACCGAGGUGGUGACCGACCGCUUCUACCUGCCUGCCACCAAGAGACCGCAGCUGGCCGCCACCGCGACCACCACGGCGACCGAGCAGACAGAGACAUCGACGGCCGUUCCGACCCCAGUCACAGUGGACGAGGCAUCUGUCACGGCAACAGCAAAGCCUGAUCCAGUGGACGUCCCACUGCCGUUCCUGGUGUUUGCCACCAAGACCUACCUGACCACGUUCACCUACCUGACGACGCUGCUGCAGGCCGCGCCGGGAGACCGCACCUCCACCGUCAUCAACUCGCACACUAAGGUGGUGCAGAACAUUGUGACGGAGACAAUUCCUCCCAGCCUGCUGGGCGCAGACCAGCUAGAGGCCUUGAGGAACUCCCUCCGGGCGACGGCAACAGCGGCUCCGGAGGCCGACGGUCCCGGCGUGGUCGCCACGGCGACCCUGCCGGGAGGUCAGCAGGUGCAGGUCAUGGCCAUGAGCCAGCAGUCACAGACACCUGCUGUGCAGCCCACAAGGACGGUCGAGCCGCAGGUCGUCGCACCCACCACGGCUCCGGAGGUUGUGCAGCUGGAGCCCUCUGUAGACACACUACAGCCGGCUAAUGUCGAGAACAUUGUGACGGGGUCGACAAUCAUCUUCUUCGACGAGGAAGAUGGCAUCGACGGUGACUCCGGGUCAACAUCAACUGCGACACCGGCACUGGACUCGUCCAUGGCCGCCGCCCUCAGUAAUUCACGCACCACUGUGGUGAAUGCUGGGGCAGCCACCGUCAUCUUCCCAGACCCGGUGCCUACUGCUGCAGAGCCGGUUGACUCCCCACAGGAGAGCAGCACAGUCACCAUUGGCGAUGACGACUACAACGUCGGUGAUGACGAAGACGACCAGGCGCCAACGAGUGAGGCGGGAGCAGUGACCACAUCUGUGGUGACAGUCACCGCAUCACCAGUUACCACCACGGUUGCUGUGCCGGUCACCAAGAAGCCCCAACAGCCGACCACCAUAGGGCCCGGGGGCAGCGAGAUACAGGUGAGUGACCUGUUGAGCUUGGGCUCACUGGGCAUCAAUGGGCUCAACGCUUUGGGUCCGGUGUUCAACGCGAUGGCCGGUCUCAUCCAAGGCAAUCUGCAGCAGCAACCAGAUGCAGCCAAGAGGCGCAAUGACUCUGCCAUCACCAACAACAGAGCCCCAGACCUAGCGCCAAGUGACCGUGAGGAUUACCCGCACCCCGUAUACCGGCCACAGGCAGACACGGAGCCACCGUCGAGGUCACCCAUCUACAUCCCUGUGGGCGGACUUGCCGCCGCCGACCACGACAUCGAAGCUGCGGAGAGUCAGAACUACGAGGCACGCAUCAAGGUCAACGCCCUGCCAGGGUCUGGCAAGUGGGGCAAUGCCGCUGAGCCAGUGGGUGCUGUCGUGAUCGGCCGGCCCACUCUGGAGAAGCCGCUGGGAGACGGCAUCCCCAUCAGCCCAGGUGAGGUCAUUACCGCCAACAGUGACGUCAUCGUGGGCAAGCCUGCCGUCAUGGGACCGCGUCCGCCCAAGAUCGCAGCCACCGGGCACGACCACGACCUCAACCACGAAGUCGACUCUGACCUCGACGCUGUCCCUGUGGGCAUGAGGCCGCCACCACCUCAUCAGAAGCCGUGGCUGCACCACCACAACCACCAUCAACAACCACCCAGGAGGGACGAGUUCCUGGGACCACCACCGCCACCGCCCCCGUCACCUCAAGGCAACCAGGUGGGAGGAGAGAUCCAGGCCCGGCCUCCGGGCUCCGCCAACCACUACCGGAUCCACCACGACAGGCCGCAUCCCAGCCUCAACUACAACCACCACAACAACCUCAACCUUAACUUCAACAAUAACCAGAAGCCUCCAGCACUAAAGUUGCGACCACAUGUCGUAGAAGGCCUGCCCUACAAGUUGGAGUCCGUAGUGACGGGCUCACAGGCUGUGCUGGUGGCAGAGGGUGGCGCCGGUGAGGUGGUUCACGGCUCUCCGGUGCCACACCGCCACGCACUGGUGCCGGCUGAAGCUGCCUCACUGCUGGUGGACAUCCGGCCCUCGCAGGUGGCAAACGUGCUCAUCCCCAGGGGCAGCCACACCGCGCACGUCUUCAGCGCACCCGCACCCUCGCCACUCGUCGCCGACGACGUCUUCCGGGACAACUCGCCCUUCCCCGUCCCGGAGGUAUCUGCGGACUUUGUGGGACUGGACUCGGCACCGCAGCUGGAGCACGGGGUGGGCACCGUCAUUGAAGUCCAUCCCGGGGACUCCCCUGCAGAGACAGGCGGCAUUGUGGCUGGGUCGCCAGGCAGCGACAUCAACGUCGACAUUGCUCCAGGACAGGGCAUCAGCGUGGACGUGGGCCCCGGUGGGUCGACGGUGCACACCAGGCCGGACUCUGCCCCCGGGGGUGGUAAGGAGACACACCGCAUCCAGCCGAGUGGAGUCGUGCUGGACGCCCCCAGGCCACAGCCGCACCACCACGCUCACCCGGAGUCUCCUCUCAUCCACCCGCCACCGCCACCCCCGCCCCCACCGCCUGCACAGUCAUCGCAGCCGUCUCCCGUCAGGAGGCCACCCGUCACGCUGUACCGUCCCUCCACUGGGACGGGCGGCUCUGUGGCAGGAGGCAGGCCACACCAGUACAGGUUUCCAGCACCGGUACAUCCACUGCGGCCGUCAGACUUCAUGACACCACCCCCACCACCUCCACACCUGCCGUCACGACCACCGGCGCCACCUCCAACUCCUGGAGGCGUGCACCAUGUGCACCAGCACCACCAUCACCACCAGCAAGGCGGGCCACUAGUCAUUCCACUCAGGCCUGAGGCUGGACUGCCCCCACCUCCUGGGCACGACCAUUUCCUCCACGAACAUGAUCACGACCACGACCUCCACAUCCACGGCAACGAUCACGAACUUCACGUUCACGGCCUCGAGCCGGAGCAUGACCACACAACGAGGCUGCAACCGGUGAGAACUGGGGGCAGUGGCAUCGUCGUCCGACCCGGCCCCGGGCCCGUCGACGUGUUCGUCAAGCCUGAUGGUGAGCUCGUAGCAGCCAAGGAUGACCUAGGUGUUGCCGGUUCCUCCAGACCGCUGCCACGGCCACCAGCACUUUCACCGAAGCCCUCGAGAAGGCCGCCGCCGACAAACCUUUUUGCCAUCUGGCCGGGCAACAGGUACAACAGCAGCAGACCACAGCAGGGAACCUGGCCUCUGCCCCCACAGCAGGUAGCCAGGCCUCCACCCCCACAGCAGGGAGCAUGGCCUCCACCCCCACAGCAGGGAGCCAGGCCUCCACCCCCACAACAGGGAUCCAGGCCUCCGCCCCCACAGCAGGGAGCCAGGCCUCCACCCCCACAGCAGGGAGCCAGGCCUCCACCCCCACAGCAGGGAUCCAGGCCUCUGCCCCCACAGCUGGGGGCCAGGCCUCGACCCGGAGAUGGUCUGCCUCAGCAGCCGCCACUGCAGCACGGCUUCCACGAGGUGCACCUGGUGCCCGGCAUCAAAGACACACCAACAGUUCCAGGUUUUGUGAGUGUCCAUCCCAAACCACCACUGGACUUCCACGGCCAGCCCCACCAGCAGCGGCCACCGCCCGUGACGGACGCUGACAACAACAUCAUUGUCGGACACGUGCCACACUUCAACGAGCUGCACAGCCCUGUGCCUCCGGAGGACUUGCGGCCACACGUAGUCACCGUGGGUGAGCCUGCAAACGAGGUGGACGAGCCUUCGGGAACCGUGCAUCACCGUGAGCACCAUCAUCACCACACAGCUGGUGAGGUCUCCAGCCCAGACAGUGGCCCGAAUGUCGGUGACCGUCCAGACGGACGGCCUCCACACGGUGGAAUACAUUUCCCCAGUGCUGCUGACCAGUUUGAUGUGGGAGAGGAUGCUGCACUGGACGAGAAAAGCGAUCCAGACAGCACUGGAGCAGCGUCUGGCACUGAUGGGAGCCCAGAUCCACCAGCAGAUGGCUCAGAUGGAGAUGAGGGAGAACCGGACGGCAAUCUGCACGGUGGAACCCAGACUGAACGGCCGCUGGUGAUAGUGUCACCAGAUAACGAACCCGGUUACCAUCAUGAUAGCCACACUGGCACCGCGACACUGGAAUCGGACCACCAGGAUGAGAAACCAUCUCGAAAUGAGAUACCUGUACUAGGAGUCGGAGAAGAGAGGCCUUCACAUCCACACAUAGGAAGCUCUGGCUGGCAGAUCGUCGGUUCCAAGGAAGAUAACCCCAAUGCUCACCAUGGCAUUGGCAGUGAUGGUCCAGAUGGUGAGGUUGUGGUGCCCGGUGUCGGUCCACCAUACCAGGCAGCUGGAUAUCGCCCUCCGGGUUGGCACACUGGAGGAUCGGGCCACCUGGUAGUAUCCGCCGGCGACGAGAGCGGUCCGGGCCGGGACCACCCAUCCGGAGAUGAGUCAGACAUCCACUACGGGCGGCCUCACAUCUCCGCCGGUGGGACACUGGAGGGUGCGAGGCCACACUGGCCCGGUGAUGCCCUGAGGCCACCGGCCGAGACUCCCGUCGUCGGCAACCGGCAGCCGCCAGGCUUCGAGGGCACCGGAGAGGGAGACUUCGGGCAGGAGGUGCCUCCGUUCAAGGCCAUGGGUGAGGACGUGUCUGCCGUGGUGGACUCGGUUCUGAGACCGCCGUCGCUGAACCUGCCGCCGGCGACCGCAGUCCGCCCCACGCAGCCGCCACCUCCUCCGCCCCCGCCACCCCCGAGGGUGACGGUGCUCACAGACCACCAGCACAACAACAAGCCCCACCGGCCACCUGUCAUCGUUCUGGGCCGACCGGCCGAGUUCCCGGGCGAUGUCGUCACCCGUCGACCGACACAGAGGCCAGGAGCAACAGAGGAGGGCAGACCCAGACCCAGUCUGCUGGGAGAUGGGCAGCUGCCGGUGGACAUGAUGGAGGUGGACAAGCCACCCCCACCACCUCACCCAGCCGGCUCGGACCUGGAGGCAGCAGCGAGCACCGCACGGCCCUUCAAGCUGAGACCGGCAGACGACUCGGUGGUGGGGCUGGCUCCGCCCCCACCCAGGGUGACCGUGGUGGGUGCUGGGGGCAGACCGCCCCCACAAGAAGGGGAUUCCACACACCGACCAGUCCUCAUCGGAGGUGGCAGGAAGCCACCCCUGCAGACACUGCCACCCCCACCGUCCGAGUUCGAACGUCCGCCACCACCGGCACCGACCACCCCCAGGCGCCCACCCUUCGUGGUGACACCUCCCACCCCUGCCUACAGCCCUGCCCCCACAACCAAACCAAAGCCUACAAGUACCUCCUCCAGCAAUGAUGCUGACGACAAACUGGAAGAUGAGGAUCAGGAGCUGGCAGAGACAUCCUCUGGAAAUAAACCACCUCCACCUCCACUAUCACCGCUCUCACCCUCGGUGACGUUGGGAGGUACUCCAGAGGUGGUGGAUGUGACAUACAGACCACCCGUCUACACCACACAGCGACCGAGGCCAGUCAGACCUCUGGACACCACCAGGAGGCCGCCAGAUGGGGUCAAUCCGAGUCGUGUGGAGGCGGACAUGCUGGAGACGGUGAGCGUGGGCCGGCCAGUGUCACAGCCGCUGCCACCCCUGCCGCCCCCGCCUCCACCUCCUGAGGCGUCGCCACCUCCAGUGGCCCCAACUCCUGUCAGGGAACCUGUCUCCACCAAGGUGAAGACGCCUCCACCAUCUGCGGCUGUGGCAACACCGCCCACGACGCUGGACCGCACGUGGACGACAAUGGCGGUGGACCUGGAGGGGUCGCAGACGCACCUCCCAGACCGACGCCGGCCUGCCGCGACACCUGCCGUCACCCCCUCCUCCACAGACUCCUCAGUCACAACGAGCACCAGCAAAGUUGCUUCUGUGGUGGUGACAUCGGGCUCCAAGACGGUGUUGUUCAUCAAGCCGACAGCUGCCCGGCUGCCGACGACACUGCAGACGACGAAAGCAACUCCGACACCGCGACCCGUGCUGAGACCGAGACCCAGACCCAGACCUACAACCGGAACUGGAGGGCUGUUUGACGACUUCGAUGACAUCGCCGAUGAGGAUGACGAGGAGGAAGUGGAGACGGGCGAGACGGGUGGGUCACGUGGCAAAGUGGACCUGGGUGUGGCCAGCUCCAACCAGGAGAAGGUCGUGCUCGGCUCAUCACCCGCGUCCACCCUCUUUGUCACCCACACGCACACACUCACGGUGACAACUACGGAGACACAGGUGGUGAGCACGGCAGGACGGCCACCAGUGACGCGCACCGUCGUGCUCACCAAGACGCAGACGUCGACGGUUGUGGACACGGUCACCGAGACCCAGACGCUGCUCCGGCCGACCAGUGUCUUUGCCACCGUCACCACCACGGUGAGUGCUACGCAGCCCUUCCCAGUGGGAGUGUCCACCACCAGUGCCGUCUCCACGGUGACGACACCAGUGACCACCGCGGGCUCACCGCCCCCACCGCCAGCGGGGGCCGGGGACAGGCCCGGGGAUCGCACGGAGGGCACGGGAGACACCUUCUUCGUAGUGGUGACCGAUCCGCACCACAAGCUGCCUCCUCCCAGUGGAGCCCCGCUGCCACCUGGCAUCAUUGAGUAUGAGGUGGACAAGGAGGACGAGCAGGGCUCGCGGCAGGAUGCAGACGGUGCGAGCGGCAACGUGCUGCUGACGGCCGGUGUGGGCGGUGGCAGCACUUCGACGUCCUCGUCUUGCCGGCCCGAGUGCAGUGCGGCACGCAACGAGGUGUGCCAGAGGGCUGCAGAUGGCCGCCCACGCUGCCUCUGCCGGCCCGGGUUCGCCAGGAUCUUCCCGGACCGACCCUGCAAGCCAACAUAUACUUAUACACUGCGGCUGGUGCUGGCCCGGCGCGGUGACCGUCCGCUCACCUUCUCGCCCAGCCUGGGAGACACGGGCAGCGACACCUUUGCCGAAACAUCUCGUGCCGCCGCUGAGGGUCUCGACCGGCUGGUCAUGCAGUCCGACCUGCGUGACGUCUUCCACGGUGUCUCCGUGGAAGCCUUCCUGCCACCCGAUGAGAGUGCAGGCGCUGGCAUCAUCGUCACCUUCCAAGUCAGGCUGUCAGACAAUACUGACGAGGAGCGACUGAAGGAGGUGUUCCGCAAGUCGCUAAGAGCCACCAACUACAGCCUGGGAGGCACCGACGUCUAUGCUGACAAGGAGCGCAUACAGCACAUUGAGGCAGAGGAUUUCGACGAGUGCACAAGCCGGCAGUACCACGACUGCUCGGAGAAUGCACACUGCUUCAACCUCCGGGGCACGUACACGUGCAGCUGCCAUGAGGGCUUUGCCGACCUCUCCGAGAACCCGCUGUUCCCGGGCAGGCUCUGUUCAGCUGAGCUGAUUGGUUGUGAGCGGUGUCACUUCCACGGCACGUGCCACGCACGUGGGGACGACCAGGUGCAGUGCGAAUGCUUCCAGUGGUAUGCCGGGGACACCUGCCACAUCAACCUCAAGGCACUGCUGAUCGCACUGGUGACGAUCGGCUGCGUGCUGGUGGCACUGCUGCUGGUGUGCGUCCUGAUGACCUGCGCACGUGGGAGCAGUGGGGGCGGACGCGGCCGCAGUCGGGCCCGCCGCGAGGGGCCUCUGGAGCGCCGCGCCAUGAUCCACGACUCGGCCAGCGAGGCCAGUGGGGACCAGACGCUUCCCAGGAGCCAGACCCCGGCAGCGGUGUUCGGCAAGAAGGUGCGUCCGGCACCGGCACCGAUGGCGACAGUGGUGGCAGUAGUGCCCCCGCCCCCUGCCGGCUUCGCUCCGGUGCCCACACCUGUACCACCCCCGCUGCAGCCGCCACCACCCCCGGAGCAGCGUGACCGUUCACUGACGGUAAUGAUUCCUCGGGCGAAGUACCGUCCGUCACCCAUGGCGCCGCCCCACCAACCACUGCCCACUCUGGUCUCCAUGUCGACAUUCGGUGACGCAGAGAAACGUGCCAUCGCACACGAGAGCAAGCUGCUCGCGUUGCUAGAGGGCGCCUCCAAGCAGGAUGUUCAGCAACAUCACCAUCAUCAGCAGCAGCAUCAUCAGCAUCAACAUCAACACCAGCAGCAGACGUCAAAACAAAAGCCUAGCAACACAUCGAGCCAAGCGACGGAGUCAUCCACUCCGAGGAAGAAUUCGUCUCCGAGGAAACCCUCAACUGGAAACAUUCCACCUCCAGCACCCGGAGCCCUCGUGUCAGCAGGCUUUGAGGUAUCGGCAACAGUCGGCAAGCCUCAGCCGGAUUCCGACACGGAGGCAUCGGCAGUCGUCCACAAUGGCUCCACGCUGAGGACGACAGACAGUGUACAAAUCACCGUCGAAGAGAUGUCGGAGCCGUCGGUAAAAGCAGGGUCUGCUGUGGAAACGCUGACCGUGUCUGAAGCUCGAUCCUGUGACGAGACGACGAUACAUCCACCGACGAAGUCACUCCACAGCAAUUACAGCUCAAAACACUCGUCGAACAACCUCAACAAUGAUGAGGGGCACACAAUGGCAGAGAGGGACAUCGGCUCUACUUUUGUGAUGCCACAGUCGCACUUGUACACACCGGACAGGGGAAGUGACAUUUCAAAUUUUGACUCACUGUGAGAGAAGCCUUCAGUGCAACUGCAGAAGGUUGUUACAUCACUUGCACUGCGAGGCUUUCGAGAGUGAAGAUCCGACACUUCCAAACGGAGCCAUUGUGUGUCGACUUGAAAUGAAGGAAAUUGUGAAAAGAAUGUGACUGUUACAGGCUGCAUUUCAGAGACAUAAUAAGUGUGUUAUCGUAUUUAAUAUAGUGAAGGACUGAAUACUGUUAUGUUAACUUGGAGUAACUAAAUGUAUAUCCAUAAUUUGAACAACAUUAUGUUCAAGCUCUCUGUGUGCCCACUGAAGGAGCAGUUUUAUGUAGACAUUUAUUUUAAAUACGUUGUACUGUGCCAUAGUCACAGUAGAUUUCGUAAGACUAAUGUGUCAUCAUGCUUUCAGGACUUCCUUUAAUCUGCCACUGCAUGUUCUUGGGGUAGUUUGCCACCUGCUCAGAAACAAGAUAGCUUCUUAGUUUCCUGAGGUCAUUUUUAUCAAAUGUAGAACACUGCUAGCAUCUACAUAAAAGCCAUAUCAAAAUACACAACAGCAGAAAAACUGGUGAUAGAAUUAUUUUGUGACUGCUAUGCAUAUGACUUAUUUUUUUUAAGGCUCUACAUCCAAGGAAUUAAAUGACAACAACGUAACUGUGCAUCACUUGUCUAAUGGGAUGAUUAUAAACUGUCAGAUAUGUUGUGCUCAUCAAAUGUAACUUAGACACUACCAUCUUCAGUGUUUGUAACACACACAAGAUGAACGUAUCUUAAAAAUUUCACUUAAAAAGCAUGUUGCUUCUCAUUUAUGGUUGUGACGUUUAUUUUUACUAUUAUAGUUGACUAUCAGAUUAUGAAAGAGAAGCCUUGUUUCCUGAAUGUAAGGUCUUGAACUGUCACCACAAUAGCAGUACAUAACUUAAUUAUCUUACCCUAUAGCAGUUCUCAGUAUGAUGACAUAUUAGUACGUGCCACAUACUAUUCAUUAUUUCCUUCAAAACAGAGGUGAACACAUGCUUGUAAAUAACUAUAUUAGAUGUUUUAAAUAAUUUAUAUAUUUGUAUAUUUCAAUACAGCUUUUGUUAAAUAAAAGCAGAGCAGCUUCCUGUGUAAAUAUCUUUUUGUUCGUUGUUUUGGGGAGAGUUUGAAAAUGUUGUUUAACUGAUGGAGAAACCUGAAUACUCAUCCUUUUUGUUUUUUGAAUGAACAAUGCAGAGUUAUGUUUGUGAGUAUGUUGAGUGCCAAAUGAGUGAUGUGUGGGUUCCCUAAUUGUUUAUACCUGAAGAAUGAAACACUGCAAUAAUUUUGGAAAAAGAAAGUUGUCAUUAAUGUUUUUGUAAUUAAAAACUAUUUUUUAGUGUUUCAUUCAGAGUGCUGUAAACUUCUAUAAGAGUGAGAUAAAUCAGUGUCUUUUUUAUUAUAAAUACAAAAAUAAACUAACUGUAUGUUACAUA